UCCUGUGGGCUGCACCUUCUCUGCUGCCCCAGGGUAUGUCUCUAUUUACCAAUUAUGAAGGGCUUCGGCAUCAAAUAGAGAGGCUGGUGCAUGAGAAUGAGGAACUGAAGAAGCUGGUGCGGCUCAUUCGGGAGAAUCAGGAACUCAGGUCUGCGCUCAAGACUCAGGCGGGCAGCAUCAACAUCAGUACGCUUGCCAGUGGGCUUGGCGAGGUGGCAACAGGCCCUGCUCAACACCAGGGUGUCUUCUUGUCCCCAUCCCCAGCAGCAGCAAAUGAAUCAGCCCUGGAAGAAGUAGGGGUUGUGGCCCUGGCACCCCUGGUCGACAUGCUGAGCAGCCCACACCCCAGCCCUACAGCUGGCUCCCGCAUGAGCCCCCUGACCGGCCCUCUCAACAUGCUGCUUUCCAGCCCAGCUCCUGGGUUACAGAGCAGUCCGUUCUCCAGCAUCCUGAGUGGCCCCAUGAGCAGCCACAUGGCUGGUCCUAUGACUGUUUCUCCAGGGAGCACCCUGGCCAGCUCCCUGGGCCUGCCCUCCACUGGUCCCCUGCCCAGCCACCUGAUGGGUCCCAUAGCAGUAUCCCCUGGGGCCACCCUGGCCAGCUCCCUGGGCCUGACCUCGACUGGCUCCCUGCCUCCAAGCAGCCCCCUAGCAAACCCCCUGGCCACAUCUAAAAGCAGCCCCCUGAUGGCCCCUGGAGCAGGCACAGUUCCUGUCUCUCUGAGCAGCCCCCUGCUCACUUCCACCGCUGCCCCUAUAGGUGUCUCACAGAACCUUCCAGCCAACCCCAUGAGCAGCCUUGGGCUGCGGCUGGCCGAGCCACUCCAAGGAAGUCCUUCUGGGCCCCCCUCCUCAGUUGGGACAGGGCAUGCAGCUAUCUCCAAAGCACUCUCCAGUGAACACCCACAGCCCACUCACGAGCCAGAGCCCCUCAACAUGCCGUUUAUGGGCACAGCCCUCCCUCCCUCUGCCCCUGUGGGUACUGUAGCCACACCUGGUCCAAUGAUGGCCUUCUCCUAUGGCACCUCAGAUGCCCAGACCCAGCCGAGUAUUCCGCAAGGACAAAAGGUUCCUGUUUCAGUCCCCACCUCCCUAACCAGCUCCCCAGCUGGUAGAGUCCUUAACCCUACCCCUACCCCUCCCCCCCAAGCUUCUGCCAGCUGUAUCCCUUUGAGCAUUACCCAUUCCACCUCUCGGCCACUGGCCACCUCCAACUCUCCUCCACGAAACCCUCACACCCCACCUCGCGCCACGUCCUUCCCGGCUUCCAUCACGGACACCCGGGGUUCACGUACCACGGAGACAAACCGGAAAAGCAUCCUGGAGUUGGAGCGGAAACUGACUCACCGCAAAACUAGCAAAUUCCCUGAUGGCUCCCGAGAGUCAAAGCAGCUGACCUGGGAGAGGCUAGUGGGGGAGAUCGCCUUCCAGCUGGAUCGCAGGAUCCUGUCCAGCAUCUUCCCAGAGCGUGUGCGCCUCUAUGGCUUCACCGUUUCCAACAUUCCUGAGAAGAUCAUCCAGGCUUCUCUGAACCCCAAUGACCACAAGCUGGAUGAGGAACUGUGCCAGACACUCACACAACGCUAUGUGAGCAUCAUGAAUAAGCUGCAGAGUCUGGGCUAUAACGGACGGGUGCAUCCUGCCCUGACGGAGCAGCUAGUGAAUGCCUAUGGUAUACUGCGUGAGCGGCCAGAGUUGGCUGCAUCCGAGGGUGGCUCCUACACUAUGGACUUCCUGCAGCGGGUGCUGGUGGAGACAGUGCACCCUAACAUGCUCACUGAUGCAUUGCUCCUGCUCUCCUGCCUCAACCAGCUGGCGCAUGAUGAUGGCAAGCCAAUGUUCAUCUGGUGACACUGGCAUCUGGCUGGCCCAGGCUUGCUCUACUCUGCAGUCCUGUGCACAGCCAUUAAAUCUUCCCACAGAGGCUACCACUGGACCCAGGCUGUUCUGGGGUGCUGCUGCCUUUGGGUGGCUUGCCAGACUCCUGAAGCAGGCUCCUUCAUCAUGCCUGCUGUGAAGUUCCACACCCAUACCCUGGAGAGAGCUCUGCAGCAAGGCUUGGAAGCUGGCUGCACAUCAGAGCCCCCAGAUCUCCUUUCCUUGGUGGUGGAAGCAAUGAAAACUCUGAGGUUCGGAUCAAGAAGAACAAAAAUUGUGAAGGAGUGGAGCAGGCUGGGAGGGGAGUCCCUUCCUCCAUGGUAGGAACUAGGGUGCAGGGAGCUUCAGGGCCUAAAGGACAGGAAGGCAGUAGAGGGAAGAGAGCCAGAAGACAACAGUCUCACCCUCCCGGGCAGAGGACAGUCAGGGAGAUGCCAGCCCCUUUCCAAGAUGCCCAAAGUCUGGAAGCCUGGAGGUCCUGGAGCUCAGAGCUGGAGAGGGGCUCAGGCACACGGGCUGGAUAGGGAGGA